AAACGCGAAGGCCUCCUUCAGACCACUCAUGUUACAGAGGAGCUGACAACUACGACGGAGAUGAUGAUGGGAAGAUUUGAGCGUGAUGCCUUUGACACACUUUUUGAUCAUGCACCAGACAAGCUCAGCGUAGUCAAAAAGUCUUUGAUCACCUUUGUGAACAAGCACUUGAAUAAACUGAAUUUGGAAGUAACGGAGUUAGAAACCCAGUUUGCAGAUGGUGUUUACUUGGUUUUGCUCAUGGGUCUCCUUGAAGACUAUUUUGUUCCACUUCAUAACUUCUACUUGACACCUGAAAGCUUUGAUCAGAAGGUUCAUAAUGUUUCCUUUGCUUUUGAGCUGAUGCAAGAUGGAGGACUGAAGAAACCAAAAGCUCGCCCUGAAGAUGUUGUCAACUUGGAUCUGAAGUCUACCCUCAGGGUUCUAUACAACCUGUUCACAAAGUACAAGAAUGUUGAAUGA